UUAGGGUCUUGGACCAUUGGAAGAUGGGCCAUCUGAGGCAGGAGCCGGGCCCCAUGUUUGCGUUCGCGGCUCUGUCCCUGGCUCUGCUGGGCGGGCCCGCGGCCACUGCCCUGGACAACGGGCUGGCCCUGACCCCCACCAUGGGCUGGCUUCACUGGGAGCGCUUCACAUGCAACGUGGACUGCAUCGAGGACCCGGAGAACUGCGUUAGUGAACAACUCUUUAUGCAGAUGGCUGAACUCAUGGUAUCAGAAGGCUGGAAGGAUGCGGGCUAUGAGUACGUCUGCAUCGAUGACUGUUGGUUGGCCUCCAAACGAGAUGAGAAUGGUACACUCCAGGCAGACCCCAAACGCUUCCCUAGUGGAAUCCGGCAUUUGGCAAAUUAUGUACACUCCAAGGGGCUGAAGCUGGGCAUUUAUCAAGAUGUGGGAAAUCUCACCUGUGCUGGGUACCCGGGCAGCUUUGGCUACUACGAUAUCGAUGCCCAAACCUUUGCCGACUGGGGAGUGGACCUGCUCAAAUUUGAUGGAUGUUACUUUAAAGAUAUAGAAAGUUUGGUAGAAGGUUAUAAGUACAUGUCCAUUGCCCUCAAUAAAACUGGCAGAAGCAUUUUGUAUUCCUGUGAGUGGCCUCUCUAUUUAAGACCCUUCCAGGAGCCCAAUUACACAGAAAUUCGACAGUAUUGCAAUCACUGGAGGAACUAUGGCGACAUCUUCGACUCUUGGAAUAGCGUGAAGAGUAUUUUGGACUGGACGGCAUCUAAACAGGACAUCCUUGUUCCUGCUGCUGGACCAGGGGGCUGGAAUGAUCCUGACAUGCUAGUGAUUGGCAACUUUGGACUCAGCUGGGAUCAACAAGUGACUCAGAUGGCACUGUGGGCUAUCAUGGCAGCUCCACUCUUCAUGUCUAAUGACCUGCGCCACAUCAGCCCCCAGUCCAAGGCCCUGCUUCAGAACAAAGAUGUAAUUGCAAUCAACCAGGAUCCUUUGGGCAAGCAGGGCUACCGUCUCAGGAGGGACAAGGACUUCGAAGUGUGGGAACGACCCCUAUCAAAUUUAGCCUGGGCCGUGGCUGUGCUAAACCAGAAAGAGCUAGGGGGUCCUGAGAAUUAUGCCAUUUCCACUUCUGCCCUGGGCCAGGGACUGGGGUGUGUCCCUGCUUGCUUUAUCACCCAGAUCCUCCCCGUUAAAGAAGGGCUGGGACUUUAUACGUGGACAUCUCUGUUGAAGAUUCGGGUAAACCCCACAGGCACAGUCUUGUUGAAGCUCCAGACUUACCAGCAACACAAAUAUUCCAGCCGCCACACCACCACAGAUUACUACAACAAUGCUACCUCAGAUGACAUCAUUUCCAUUACUGUCUUAUAAUUUAUAAGAAUGUAUAAACGUUCUAAGCGCAUGUGUUCUGGAUUUCUACCUUGUUCGGAUGUAACCCCCCCCCCCCCUUUUGUCUGCUGCUGAGAAUUAAACUAUUUCUUUAA